AUGUCAGGCCUCGAGGUAGCGGGGGUUGUGCUCGGGGUUGUUCCGAUAGCGUUCAAUGCAGCUGUUGAAGCAUGGAGAACGUUGGACGAUACCAUCAGCUUUGACGACGACACAGAGGAUCUUGUCAUUCGUCUAGAGACAGUCAAAGCUCGCCUAGGCAUUUGGGCGAGCAAGGCAGGACUUGCCGAUGGAGAGCUCAUAGCGCCGUUGCACCCAGUAGAGGAGCUCCUCGAGCGGACCGUUCGGAGAAUCCGGGACCUUAUCUUCGAGAUCGAGCAGCAGGGAGAAAAGUAUGGCAUUGUAGUCAAACAACCAGGUGGACCAGACUCAAAAAGGAUGUCCGCAGCAGUCAUCCAGAUGCGGCGGAGCUUGAGUGCUAUCAUUACAAGCUCCCGGUCCAAAUCCAGUUUGGCAUUGCAGGUAGAGAAAGAAGUGUCAGCCCAGUCGAUGGCCAAACGAGCGGCAACCAGUGUCUCAAGACGGAUGUAUUGGGCCAUUCGGGACAAGAAGAAAUUUGAAGAUUUUAUCGACACGUUGGAAAAGCAUGUGCGAGGUUUACAAGACUUGACUGUUGACAAAGAUCGAAAAGAAAUUCAACAGGAAGGGACACGACUGGCGAUGGAGAUCGUGCGGAGCCUGUCGGAGCCAGAAGCCCUCCUCCGGCUGCAAUCAGCCACUGGAUGGGAUGAAGGGCUUUCUCAGAUUGAUGUGAGGUCUCUUGCGCAGUGGAAAGCCAUAAUACAGCAACAGAGAACUCCCACCACGGGUUUGUUUUCGGUGGAUGCUGAAGAUUGGAGUCUCGCCGGAAGCAGCACGGAUGAUCGGACCAAAACGCGAUUCUUGAAGCCAGGUCACCACGACUCGGAAAUGGCAUACUUAUUUGAGAAGAAGGAGUACGAUAUGAACAUCACUGACGAGCUCAAGGAUCUGGUCCGUGAAAGCAUUCGGAAACUGGUCUCCCUGCUCGGUGAGGUCAAUGCGCGGCGAAAAUUACACACCCUGCGAGCUGUGGGAUAUGUUGACGACCCAGAUUACCACUGCUGGUGGAUUGUGUUCCAGUUCCCGUUAGGCCCGGUUGAUUCAUUGCUGUCAGCCCAAAAUUCUCGUGCAAACGAGCCGCUCUCGCUGCACAGACUCUUUUUAUCGCCAGUGAAGCCACCACUCGAGGCACGCUAUCAGCUAGGCAAGCGCCUUGUUGACACGUUCGCCAGGCUUUAUGGCAGUGAGUGGAUGCACAAGGGCAUCAACAGCAAGAAUAUAGUGUUCCCACAGGUCUAUUCUGCAGGGUCAGCCCAGAGCGUUGCGUCCACGGGCAUUCAGACGGCGCUGGUUCAAGGCUUCAACUACUCUCGGCAGCUGACACAAGCACAGACUAUUGAUCGGGGAAAGGUGCUUAAUGAUCUUGAAUCGGCCAUCUACCGUCAUCCGUCCUACCAAGGUGAGGCAGCAUCUGGGUAUCAGGUGCAUUAUGAUAUUUACUCACUGGGUCUGGUGCUUCUUGAGAUCGCUCUCUGGAGCCCACUGAUGGAUUUGCUUGCGGCAAAGCAUCGCCCUGGGAAGGAGCCUCCCGUUGCACUUUCUCCAGACAUGGUUCAUUUUCACGAGUUGGAGGCAAUUGAGCUCAAGAGAAGGGUUAUGAUACGUAUCGCUGGGGAAUUGGCGUAUCGUGUAGGAACCAGAUACAAAGAGAUUGUAAGAUGGUGUCUCGACUUGCAGGGACCGGUCACUGCGGUAGAGUUUUACAACAUGGUGGCUAUCCCUUUGGACGAGCUUUGCAGUCAAGGUUAA